UGCUCACGCCUUACUGUAGGCAGGUAAUUUUGUGGAUUUUUUCGUAUAACAAUUUCUCAUAAUUGCUUCUACGUUUUCAAAUAUCUACAAUCAGCGGUCGAAUUAAAAACAGUGCAGAAGGAUGUUUUGAGUAUAUUUUACCUUCUAGCCGCGCAAUCAAUGCCUUUCUUUCCAAGCAAGCAGCGUUUUAAUCGGCAAAAGCAUGAAAUAGAAUCGUACGUGGUACGUAUUUAUCGGCACAAUCUGAUCAAGGACGGAGGCAUCAUCAAACGGAAACUACGCGAGAAACUUUUCGAAGAGAUAAAACUGCGCCGCAAGACUCGUGUCAAAAUGGACGAGUUGGGCUGGGUGCUGAUGAACCACGAUUUGAUAACACGUAAUGAGCCAAUCCAACAGCAUGCCAAUGGUAAUCGACCAAAUCAUUUUAAAUUCAACAUGGAGCGGUUACAAACCUACUGGAGCAGCACGAACAGAACAAUCACGCUGGUAGUUGACUUCCAAAAAGUAAAACAAAUUCCUGCGUAUGCUGGAUGCAAUUUUACAAAACGACAAAGUUUUGAAGGAAAUUAAAGAGAUGGUAGUGGCGAAUCGAAUUCUAUCAGAAAUUCGUUAUGUGGCUACGGUGGAACGUAUGCUGAAACAUAAUUUGGACCCCUCUUUGCGCUGCUGCUUUGUAUGCCGAGAGUACUUCCGCACACGUGAUACUUCCUAUUGGAGUGUAACUGACCAUUGAUCAGCGACGCCCCCUAGUCUGUACCUCAUAUCAAUCGUGGUGCGUCCUGUGUAUCUGUAAAGAGUAUGUGUAUGUUGAAUUACAUUACAUGGAGCGGUUAUAAUAUAUAAUAUAAAUACCUUAUUGCAGCUAUAGUACACUAUUUUUCACGAAUAUAUAUUUGUUUAUUUCUUCCUUCAGUUGUUUUCCUCAGCGAGUUGAUAUGAAACCAUAACCACACAACCAAACAAAAAGUAAAUAAUUCAGAAAGCUACGUCUCGCUACUC